CGCCCUGCCUAAGCUCCUGCCGACGGGAGAACAGCCGGCAGGGAAAUGUUUAACCCCUUGUUUGCCGCAGGCGAUGGCCCGAAGAGAAGGGGGCGGGGACUCCCCUGAGGCCCCGCCCUCUUCAGCCUGAGCUCGUUCGCUGGUUUCGAGCGCUCAGCCACCGCCGGGCGCAUGCGCGCCGGGUCCGUCCGCGAUGGAGUCCCUCCUGGGGCAGGUGCCGCUUCGCUUCUCCCGGGUUCCUAUGUUCCCCUUCUUCGACCUGGCGCACUAUACUGCCUCCGUCAUGACGCUGAAGGAGCAGCGCGGAGUUGUGGAUGUAGCAUACCGCAGCCCAAUUGCGUGUUGGUUUAGUGCCAUGCUGUACUGCUUCGGCGGAUCCAUUUUAUCUUCACUGAUGCUAGCAGAACCACCAGUUGCAUUUCUUGCCAAUACCACAAGUGUCCUCCUAGCCUCAUCUGUCUGGUAUCUUAUAUUUUACUGUCCACACGAUCUAGCCUACCGCUUGGUCUCUUUUCCACCUAUACAACUGAUGGUUGCAGGGAUGAAGGAAGUGACCAGGACGUGGAAAAUAACAGGCGGAGUUGCGCAUGCACAUAGCCAUUACAAGAACGCCUGGAUUGUCAUGAUAGCCAUUGGCUGGGCCAGAGGAGCUGGUGGCGGCCUAAUAUCCAACUUUGAACAGCUGGUUAGAGGUGUGUGGAAGCCUGAAACUAAUGAACUGCUGAAGAUGUCCUACCCUGUGAAAAUCAGCCUGGUGGGGGCCGUAUUCUUCACGAUGCAGCAAAUCCAUUACCUUCCAGUAGAAAAGCACGACCUUAUGUUCCUUUAUACCAUAUUCUUGGUGGGCAUGAAGAUCACUAUGAUGCUGACAGACCAUCCUCCUUCACCAUUUGCUCCAUUUGAGAACAUAUUGGGUCCCCUCCUCUUCGGUUUGCGGACGGCUCCUCCGAGAGCAAGAGGCGAGGCCAGGGUACCUCACAACGGCAUCUCCUCGGCCUGCAGCUUAACUACGGGGGGAGAAACCGAUGAGAGUUCAAAGAAAAAGCACUCAAAGAAAUCUGACUGAGACCGUUGAAAGGGGGGCUAAAUGAAGGUGGCGAAACCAGCUUCUUGUCUGUGCCCCCAAAUAUUUAAUAUUUCCUUUUUCUCAGUGAUGUGAAACAACAAUUGUGUUUAAGGAGAUUUGUGUGGCAAGAGGCUAACUACAAUAGCGUUUGAGCUCAGGCCAUGGUAAGCAUAUCCUGCGCACUUCACUCCCAGUGGCUCUCUUGCGAGCAACACUAUCUGUGAACUGGUUUUGCAGUUUAUGUGCCCCAUCAAACUACUGCCAUGUGGCUACUUGUAGCCUCUAAAACGUGCUUUUUUGUAAAUUAGAAUCCCUAUUUGGACAAGCUACAUCAUGUUAGACUACUUUUUUUCUAGUGUAAAUGAUAAAAUAAGAGUUUAUAUUGUGAUGAGAAAUUUGUACAAUAGUUUUGUAUGUUUUCUGUCUAAGAAAACAAAACGUUUUAAAACAAAACACUUUGCAAAAUAUUGUCUAGCACCAGCUAUAGCCAGAUUUGACGAUUUUUGUUGGUUGUAACUUAUUUGGGAGAUGAUCCAGUCAGAUAUAGGUGAUUUUUAAUUGAUUUAAUUUUAAGCCGCUGCAUUUUGUGAUCACAAAUCCUACUUUUCACGUUGGCUGAAUUGUACUGUGAUGUUUCCGUUCUUUAUAUCUUAAUAUUCAUAUCUUUUAUCUAACUGAGCAAUGUGAACUUUUGUGAUAUUUUGUGACUGAAAAGAACCAUUAAUAUGUGCUAUCAGAUAGAAGAAGCCAGUUUAAUCUUCUCGCACAGCUUCUUCUUGAUACACUGCUACUGAAUUGUUUUGGAGGCACAAUUUUGUAACUGUUUUCACACUUGGCUAGAGUAACAAGGUAUCUCAUAUAUAGUUUUUUCACACAAAUCUUUUAUAGUAGAUUUUUGAAUUUUUCUACGUAUAUUCACUUGGAUGCUAAAUUACUUGUAAAUAUGAGCGUCAACCACCUUUGCUGAGUUUUGUAAAUGGAGAGAUAAAAUUCAUUGAAACUAAAGUUCAUAUGGUUUUAUCUUUUGAGCAUAUGUUUUUUCCUCCACUUGUGCAUCUGUAAUGUAGACUCAAUGCAGUUUGAUAGAAGUGGAAUAGCCAUGACUUAAUACGAUCUUGGAAGUUGAUAGCAUUGAGCCAUGGCAGUAAAUGUGAUGCACAACUGUAUUAAUUCUGCAGUGUAGAUACACCCAUAGACCCAUUUCUAAAACAGGCAGGGAUUUUCAGUAGACCUGUCCAAAACAGUUUUUAAAAUUACUAAAAAUUGUAUUCUGGAAAGGCCUCCUUCUGUUUUUUGCCCCAAAUACUUUGGUAUCUCUAGGGUCUAUAGCAGAACUUGCAAAAUGUUAAUUUGUUAGACUACACUUCCCAGUAUUUGCUUAUGUUUACUGUGGAAUACUGGGAAGUAUAGUAUUUUUUCCAAAUUUUGAGCCAAUGUUAUUUAACUAGCUGUAGGUAAGACUCACACAGCUUGUGUAUCUCUCUCUAGAUGAACACAGUACUUUGGAUCAGUAUGAGCUGCUAGACAGCAACUUGAUAAACCACUUGUUUUUGAUGCCUACAUAUAAAAUCGUGUAGAGGUUGUCAUCACUGCUGAAAAAUAAAUUUGAAAGACACCAAUUGCAAGGGGAUUUCCUAUCUUUCUCUUUGGUUCAUGGUCAGUGCUCAGCUUAGUAGAGUAGAAGUUGUGCAAUGCUACUUAGAAUUUUUUGUUCUUUAGAUAUGCAUUUCAGGAAUUAAAUGGUGAUUUUAUUUGUACACUAUAGUUUGGUCAUUAAUAAUGCGGGAUUUUUAAAAAAAAUCUUUGAUACGUAGUUUUUUGCCCUAUGAUGUUGGGGCUCAUCACUAAUUCAAUGGGUCUGUUCCAGGAGCUUAUAAUUGCAGUAUACAAAGAAAUGUAUUGCGGUCUCAAAUGUGUCUAUGUAGCAUUGUGAUGAACGUUGGUAGGUAGAGAAUGGAAAAAACGUGAGUCAAUCACCAGCAAACAAUGUGCUUCCAACUUCUAUGAAUUCUCUGUGUGUAAAGUCACUGAUGUCUUUGUGUGACUUGGCCGAACAAUGCUUUUUGAUACUAUAUAUUUUUUUGUACUGCAUUUGGUGCUCUUGUCCACAACUUCACAGUAAUUGCACUGUAGUCUUUUGUAGCACAAAUUGAUGUGAAAAUAUAUUUAAAAUUACUAUUAAAGAUAUUUACUGUUGUUAGACAGAAAA